AUGGCUAAUCGCUUCCAGGCCCCUCCGCUGGAGAUCUCCUCCGUGCUCCAUGGUGGCUACCAUCACCCUCUGGCCCGCAAGUGGCAGAAUCAUGGGCGCAACCUCACUAAGGAGAUGUUCAUGUACCCGAUCUUCAUCUCUGAUGACCCGGAUGCUGAGCAGGUAAUUGAGAGCCUUCCUGGCCAAAAGCGAUGGGGCAUCAACAAGCUCGAAAGCUUCAUCGGGCCGCUCGUCAAGAAGGGUCUCAAGAGUGUCAUCCUCUUCGGUGUCCCUAUGGAUAUGGAAAAGGAUGAGCGCGGCUCGCCGGCCGACGACCCAGAGACACCUGUCAUCAAGGCCCUCCAACUCCUGUCGGCCAAGUUUCCCCUUCUCUAUCUUGCUUGCGACGUCUGCCUCUGCGAGUACACGUCGCACGGCCAUUGCGGAAUCUUUGCCAAGCUUCCGCCUCCCAACCACACCAGCAUGCCCACCCUUGACGCCGAAGCGUCGCAGCAGCGCAUUGCCGAGGUUGCCCUCGCUUACGCCAAGGCUGGCGCACACUGCGUAGCACCCAGCGACAUGAUGGACGGCCGUAUUAAGGCUAUCAAGCUCGCGCUCAUGCAGAAUGACUACGGGAACCGUGUCACCCUCAUGAGCUACUCGGCUAAGUUUGCCAGCAGCCUCUACGGACCCUUCCGUGAAGCUGCUGGUAGCGCGCCAUCCAUGGGAAACCGCAAGUGCUACCAGCUUCCUCCCAACGCCCGCGGCCUGGCCCGCCGCGCGAUCAAGCGCGACGCUACCGAGGGCGCUGACAUCCUCAUGGUCAAGCCCGCCCUCCCGUACCUCGACAUCGUGUCCGACUGUGCUCAGCUCGAGCCUGACUACCCCACGGCUGUAUACCAGGUUUCGGGAGAGUACGCCAUGGUGGUUGCGGGUGCCGAAAAGGGCAUCUACGACCUCAAGGCGAUGGCUUUCGAGACGUGCGAGUCGUUCGUGCGCGCCGGUGCGUCGAUCAUUCUCUCGUACUUUACCCCACAGUUCCUUGACUGGCUCGACGAGGAGCUCACAGAGUGA